GGCGCCCAACCGCCAUUGACCAAGAGACGCUUUGGCAAAUGAGCUUGAGGGGCACUGGAAGUGUGGAGGGUGGGCAGUAUCCGGAGCGCCCGGGGGAGCCGGACUGUGCAUAUUAUAUGAGGACCGGCAUGUGUAGAUUUGGGAUGACGUGUCGGUUUAAUCAUCCUCCCGAUAGAAAUUUGGUCAUUGCUGCUGAGAGGAUGAAGGGAGGGUAUCCUGAAAGAGUAGGGCAACCUGAGUGUCAGUACUACUUGAAGACGGGUACCUGCAAGUUUGGUGCGACUUGCAAAUUUCAUCAUCCUAAAGAUAAGGCAGGAAUUGCAGGAAGAGUUCAAUUAAAUGUUUUGGGCUACCCAUUGCGGCCGAAUGAAAAGGAAUGUGCAUAUUAUUUAAGAACGGGACAAUGUAAGUUUGGAAAUACUUGUAAAUUUCAUCAUCCACAGCCAUCUAAUGCGAUGGUUUCACUCAGCGGUUCUCCUGUUUAUACUUCUGUACAUUCGCCCACACCAGCUGGUCAACAAUCUUAUCUAAGGACUUCUUUUGUUCCAAGCCCUCGCUGGCAAGGUCCAUCAAGUUAUGCACAACUAAUUCUUCCUCAAGGUUUGGUUCAAGUUCCUAGCUGGAAUACAUUUUCGGGACAGUUAGGGUUAGCAUCAUCUUCUGAGGGCCAACGGACACCCGGAAGUAAUCAGUAUUAUGGAACUUCCCAUCAAAGUGAAACAGCAGCAGGAGAACAAAGAGCAGUUUCUUAUCAUUCGGGUUCAGUACCGGUAGGUCAGUAUGCAAUGCAAACGGAGAACAUAUUUCCCGAGAGGCCUGACCAGCCCGAGUGUCAGUUCUAUAUGAAGACUGGAGACUGUAAGUUUGGUGCAGUCUGCAGGUUUCAUCAUCCUAGGGAGAGAUUUAUUCCUGCUCCUGACUGUGUUUUGAGUCCAUUGGGCCUUCCAUUGCGCCCUGGGGAGCCCCUAUGCAUCUUCUAUUCUCGCUACGGUGUCUGUAAAUUCGGGCCAAACUGUAAAUUUGACCAUCCAAUGGCUACUCCGAUGGGAAUCCUUGCUUACAGUCUUUCGACAUCCUCAUCACCCGAUGUUCCUGUAGUUCGGCGUCUAUUGGAAUCCUCUGCUGCACCUCCAGUAUUAACAUUAUCAUCAGAAACUCAUGUUGAAGCUGUUCCUGGCUCCAGAAGACAAUCUCUAUCUGGCGACGAAAAUAUCCAGUCAGAGGGAUCACACACCAACCAAAGCAUUGGGCAAGUUUCUUCUUUUUCAUAAUCUUAUUAGAUUAAAAGAGUUAUCUGUAAAUUGAGUUCCGGAUGCUGGAGUUGUACAGUCUUCGUGAUGGUUGAAACUGUUCAUCCUGAGCUGCUCUUUACUUGACAAGAAGUCUUUGAUUCUGUCUUUGUUCUCUCUUGGCUUUAGUUUCUUCGGUGUUUCAUUUUUAUGUGAUAUAGUUUUGUGUCUGUAGUAUCCUCAUUUGUAGGUUAAUCCUUCUCUCCCUCAUCUGUAGUAUUUCAUGUUUGUACUAUUUCUAAGCCCUGGGAGUACUUGCUUAUAAGGCUGUUCACGACACUAGGUUGAUUUUCAUGCCAAGCUUUGUAGACAUCAGGCUCUGUUCAUCCCAGUCGGGGUGAAAAUCAGACGAAUCAAAUAUAUAUCUGAAAUUGUAAUCUCUGAGAUCGAUCAAACGGAAAGAAAAUGCACAGCUGAAACAUCCAUUCAUUGUAAUCUUGGAAGUAAAGAUACUUGAUGAUAAGGUUUCCUUCUCUUUGAUGUUCAAUGAAUAAGAUGCAUUUGACCAGUGUUGCUGUGAUGUGAUUAUGCUCUUGGAUU